AUGGACAAUCCCUGGGCAAAUGCUUGGGGAGACGAUACGCGACCUCAACACUCCCCGUCACCUCCUACACCGUGGUCUGUUCCAGCCACUUCAAACAAUGACCAUGAAGAAGCUGAUAUUGGUAUUCCUUCCUGGUCAUCCCAUGCCCUACAAUGGAACGAGCCGACGACUUCAUUGUGGGGAGAAAAGUCAAAUAACGAGCCCGUGUUGACCAACACUGAUCAUGAUACACAUGUAGAAUUAACGGCCGAACCGGACGCAGCGUUGUCUACGGAGGAAGACGUACUUUCACGACCUGAGUCACCUCAAUAUUCUCCAAUUGCAUCGCCGGAGCUGGAAAUUGGCGUUUUUAGUCCACCGUCACUGACACUGCCGUCUUUUCGCGACGAGAGUACUGAGGAUUCUCGGCCAGAAUCACAACCUGGCAGUCCAGAUGCAUUUGGUACUUUCGAGACUGGACUUCGUAUGGAUAAUGCAGAGGCGGAUCCCUGGACGCCAUCCAAGCCAUCCUUCUCAUCCGAUCCAGCUUCAACUUCUUGGGAGACCGAUUGGGCCCUCGCAGACCGGAGUUCUGAAACAGAGCGCGAUGAUGAAUGGGAGAUUGCAAAGCAGGAGAAAGCAAGGCGAGAUUUGCAUGUUCCUCCAGAAUUGUUGGCCUCUAUUGUACAGCGAUUCGAACAAUUGUCUCAUGAACUAUGGCCUGAUGAUCCAUCGCCAGACGUAAGGGACGAAGCCAAUCUUCAGUCCAUUGAGGAUAUGCAGGAACUUUCUUCGGCUAUUCAGAAAUUCGUGCCCGACAACCUCACAAUUCCGCCUCAUGCCGACUUCUCCAAGACAUUCAUAUCCAAGAAGAUGGCAGAAAGCCUAAAGUUCACUAGACAUGCACCUAUGGUACGGCUUAGUCCUCUGGCCCGUUACGUGGCGUCAAAAGGUUCCACAGCCUGGGAAGCUUCUGUGAAGGCCCGGCCUGAGUUGUCACAAGAUGAUCUUGUUCCCGCGGGGUGGCGAGUGAUACCUAAGGAAAAGGAUGUCGCUCCACCAGUGAUAGACACGAAGCAGAAAUCCGCAGGAGGUUUAUUAUCCUUUUUCGGUCGUAGAUCCAUGACCCCACCCGUUACAGACAAGCCAGUUUCUCCGGUGGCCAAGAAAUCCAUUUCGUCUUCAUCCCCCGUAGUUUCAUCCCCUUUAUCGCCAACCACAUCUGCAGGUCAUUCAAGUUCUUUGCCGCCGCCGCCCGAUCGCGAACCUACACCUCCUCCUCCUUCAGCCGUUUCCCGGUUCUUAACCAGGUUUUCCAGAACCAAGUCAUCUACAACAAGUCCUCGGAAUUCCAUUGCGUUAUCAUCAGAUGAUCUGGAAUUCUUGUCUGAUAUUGUGCCUAGUGCCGCUGCGGUCGACGAUGUAGAUGCUCCCUCGCUUUCAGACAUGAUCGAGUCUUCCCCUCUACCUGAGAAACUUCCACCUCCGCUAGCCCCGCCGCCAAAGAAUCAUUUGGCUAACGGCGUCCCCAAGUCAAACACCAUCCUUCAAGAUGAUUCACCAUCUCUUUUGGGUAUCUCAUCACUGUUCCCUUCUCAGCCUCCCCCGGCACCUCUACAAACAUCCUCCUUAAUGGAUACCGUGAUGACCCUGCCUUCAGUGCCAGAAACAGUGAAGAGCUUGCAAUCAGUACCAUCCCGAAACGUGACCCCCGUUACUAAGCCAAUGCCUUCAUCGACAUUGCGCAGUAACCCUGGCCCAUUUCAACCCUCCAAACGAAUACCUACCGCCAUAAUGUCUUCCAAUCCCACCAAGCAGUCUGCAGUCUCGCCAUUCUCCUUUUCUCUUCCACCGCCUCCUACAUCACGUCAGCAGACGCCAGUUCCUAGCCCCCCGCCACCCGCUCCAGCAGUGCUGAUACACAAUCCAGUUCCUCGUAAUGUUGCUGCACCAUUAUCACUGUUCGACGACGAAGAAUUCUCUGACUUCCAUGCUACUCCAACACAAGGCGAUGGUGCUGCGUCAUCGGCGUAUACUGAUGCAAGCUUCUCCUCUUUCUCAUCAGAGCAAAGCCUUUUCUCUUCCACAAGCAGUAGUAGUCCGCAUAACGCGGAUGGCUUUGAUGAAUUUGAUGAUUUCGUGCAACCCACAUUACGUACCCCAUCUCCGCCCGCUGUACCCGCGAAAACUUCAGCUCGUCCUCCCAAAAUCACAUUGGCCUCGAACUUACCCAUUGGUUCCCCAACUCGAUCACCUGCACAGCUUCCUCCUCAGAAACGCAAGGUCAAUCGGUCAGAGCACCAACGAACGCUUAGUUUGAUGGAAAGUGCUGCUGCUCACGGGAAGUGGCCUUCACCACCUUCUCCGAUCCCACCUCCCUUGGAGCCUCCGCCUGGUGGUGUGAAAAAGCAGGUUCAGCUGGAUAUCUUUGGUGGAGACGAGAGUAUAUCAUCACCGAUGCAACAAGCGCAGAUGAAUGCUAUUGGUGCGCUAACUGUAUCGCAAUCAUCCCCCGCAAUACUUGCGCCGACGCCUGCAUCUGCACCUCUGUUACGGCCACCACAAAACCACAUUCAUAAGCCUUCCCAGACCUCAAAUAAAGCAGUCUCAACGAAGAUAGGGGGUUUGUCGGCUCAGGAUCUGUCAUUUUUCGAAGGGUUGUAGCUUCCAUUGUAUCACAAGGCUUUUGGAUAUACUUGUAAUUUAUAUUGUUUUGUUAAUACGCAUGUUUUGCUAGCUGCUUUCUCUUCUACGGCGGUAUCAGUGCACCCUCACACCCCAGAAAGUGAAUAUGAAUUAUAUGUAGAAUUCAGUCAGAAUCAUAAGAUAGUAUCAUCUUUGUAU